AUGGCAGCUACUGUCCACGAAGUUUUUGAGGAAAUCGCUCCAAUAGCCCCUACUGCUCAUGGAAAGGUGACAGUGGUCGGUGUAGGCCAAGUUGGAAUGGCCUGUGCUUACAGUAUCCUACAGCAGAGCAUCGCGAAUGAGAUCUGCCUAGUGGAUGUGGUGCCGGAUAAACUGAAGGGCGAGAUGAUGGACCUUCAACAUGGCCUCGCCUUUACCAGACACUGUGUUGUGAAAGCAGACACAGACUAUUCGAUUACUGCUGGGUCGAAGAUCUGUGUAAUCACAGCAGGAGCUCGUCAAAGGGAGGGUGAGACACGUCUCUCGCUCGUCCAGAGAAAUGUGGAAAUUUUCAAAGGAAUCGUGCCGAAGCUUGUUCAAUACUCGCCGGACACUAUCAUUAUGGUGGUUUCCAAUCCAGUUGAUGUGCUCACCUAUGUUACCUGGAAACUUUCUGGCCUACCGAAGGAGCGUGUGUUCGGUUCAGGAACCAAUCUCGAUUCGGCCAGAUUCCGUUUCCUGCUUUCGCAGAAACUGAACAUUGCUCCGUCAUCAUGCCAUGGAUGGAUCAUUGGAGAACAUGGUGAUUCCAGCGUGGCCGUUUGGUCUGGAGUAAACGUUGCCGGCGUGACGUUAUCGAAUGUGAAACCUGAGAUCGGAAGUACAAAAGAUAGCGAGCAUUGGGAGCAGGAAAUUCAUAAGAAGGUUAUAGACAGUGCUUAUGAAAUCAUCAAACUCAAGGGAUACACGUCAUGGGCAAUUGGUUUAUCGGUGGCUAAGAUUGUGCAGGGCAUCAUGACCAAUUCUAGGAAUGUUUUUGCCUUGUCCACUAAUGUCAAGGGUUUCCAUGGUAUAACAGAAGAUGUAUAUCUGUCGCUUCCUGUAGUACUUGGAUCGAAUGGCCUCACGCAUGUUGUGAAACAGAACCUGAAUUCUGUCGAGGUGCAACAAUUGCAUGAAAGCAGUAAUGCCUUGCUCCAAGUCCAGCGUAGUCUCGUUAUCUGA